ACAGUCGUAAUUUCGACGAAAAUGUCGCUCCGAGUUGUCGCAUUGCUAGGCCUCUUUCUGGGCUCCCUGGUGACGUCCGUCUUAACCGCGGAUCAGAACUGGUGGAGGCACGCCAUCGUGUACCAAGUGUACCCGCGGAGCUACAAGGACAGCAACGGAGAUGGAGUCGGGGACCUGAAGGGGAUCCUGAGCAAACUGGACCAUAUAAAGGACACCGGGGCUGCCGCCUUCUGGAUCUCUCCCAUUAACAGGAGCCCGAUGGUCGAUUUCGGCUACGACGUGUCGAACUUCACGGACAUCGAUCCCAUCUACGGCACUUUGGCAGAUUUCGAGGACCUGAUUGCCCAGGCCAACUCUGUCGGACUCAAAAUCAUCCUGGACUUCGUGCCCAACCACAGUUCCACCCAGCACGAGUGGUUCCAGAAGAGCGUGAAGCGGAUCAAGCCUUACGAUGAGUACUACGUCUGGAAAGACGCUAAGGUCGUCGACGGUAAAAGGUAUCCCCCGAAUAACUGGCUCAGCAUCUUCUCCGGCACAGCCUGGGAGUGGAACGAGGAACGACAGCAGUACUACCUCCACCAAUUCGGACCUACCCAGGCCGACCUCAACUACCGCAGCUCGUACCUGAACCAGGAAAUGAAGAACGCCCUGCAGUUCUGGCUGGAGCGCGGAAUCGGAGGCUUCCGGAUCGACGCUGCCAACUUCAUGUUCGAGGACUCGCAGUUCCUGGACGAGCCACCCUCCAACAUUACCGGCCUGACGCCUGGAGACAGCGACAGCCUGGACCACAUCUACACGCAAAACCUUCAGCAGACCUAUGAGGUCAUUAAAUCCUGGCGCGAACUUCUGAACGAGUACGCGAAGGAGCACGACACGGACUUGAAGCUGAUGUUGACGGAGGUCUAUGCCCCUAUAAACGACGUCACCAAGUACUACCGCUACGGAGUCAAUGUUCCCUUCAACUUCAUGUUCGUCACCGGCCUCAACAAUCAGUCCACCGCCGCUGACUUCAAAAAAUCCAUCGACACCUGGAUCGAUAACAUCCCCAGCGGGGACUACAUGCCAAACUGGGUCGUCGGGAAUCACGACAACCCCAGAGCGGCCACUAGAUUCGGCACCCUCAGGGCGGACCAGACCAGCAUUCUGGCGAUGACGUUGCCCGGAGUCGCCGUCGUCUACAACGGGGACGAGAUCGGCAUGGAGGACACCGACGUGUCCUGGGAAGACACCGUGGACCCGUCCGGGCUAUCCGCAGGACCGAUCCAGUAUAAGAUCAAGUCCAGAGAUCCCGAGAGGACUCCCUUCCAGUGGGACGACACCAAAGAUGCCGGCUUCUCCACCGCCAGCAAGACCUGGUUGCCUAUCAAUCCCAACUAUAAAACCCUAAACCUCGCCGCAGAGGAGAAAGCUCCGGUCUCGCAUUAUAGCGUUUUCAAGGAUCUGGUCAAGCUCCGCAAGCUCCCGGUCCUCCAAAAUGGCUCGCUGGAAAACGUUCUGGUUACCGAUAGCGUCCUCGGCAUCGUCCGUCGUCUGAAGGACUCUCCACCGGUGGUCAUCCUGGUCAACUUUUCGGAUUCGCCCACGGUGGUCGACGCCCAGUCCAAGCUCGAAAUCCCGCAGGAAUUGAGCGUCUACACCGCCAGCGUGUACUCCAAAAUUCAGGCUGGAUCGCCCGUUGACACUUCUAAGCUGAGCCUGCCGGGAGCGGCGAGCGUUGUCCUCAGCACCCCGGAGCUCAUCAAGGAGGUCCAGACACUUUCUUGAAAAAAUACCUACCCGCAACUACGUAUUUCCUCUUCCGUAUCCGAUAUGAUAUUGGAAUAAAGAAUUCUAUACACCAAA